AAUACAAAUAUAAGGGCUUUAUUUGUAUGAAUAAAGCAUUUCACAUAUCUAACACAUGUGUCCCCAACAACCGUAGCCAGAUAUUAAAUCCGUUCUAGAAGAGCACACUCAUUGCUUGCUGUAAAAGCAUGCAGGAGGUCCCAGCUGAGCUCUGCUAUAGUUGUGCUCUGUGUAUUAUUCAUUUGGCAGAUGCUCUAAGACAGAGAAAUGGUUGGAGAGAACAAGGCAAUUAACAAAUGCAUGCAAACAAGUGGCAUGUUACCCAACAGGAGCAAACCGCUACAGCAUCCGAUAACAAAGGAAAGCAAUUGUCUUGCCAUAAUUGCAUUUUGAUAGCUGUUCUAGUGCCUUAACCUCUAUGCUCUGACUCCACUGUAAGGUCCAAGUUCUGUUCCCUCAGUCCAUUAUUCAAGAGGCAUUUUCCUUAUUUUGGUGAAUGUUUCUGAUUCUUGUUAGUGUCCACUGUUUCUGUUGAUUAAGUCCAGUGCUGCUAGCCACACCGGCAGAUGCGUAACCUGGUUACCCACCAGGCAGGCAGAUGGGGGCAGGUGGGCGAGGUGCAGCGUACUGUACGAUGCAGGGGGGCACUGUGCAGCAGCUGAAGUUCCUCUUGGGCGUAAUCAUGUCCUGCGCACGGUACCAGCUGCCUUUCUCUGCAUCAUAGCAUUCCACCUUGGCAGUGACUCUGAACCCAUCAGACGCCCAUUGCAAACAGCAAGCCGUCCAGCACUGCGAUGCCGAAGUAGCUUCUUGGUUUUGUCAUGGGAGGCGCAGCGUGCCAUUGGUUAGUUGCAGGGUCAUAAACCUCCAUACUCCACACUGGAUGAGCCCCGUUGGUACCGCCCACCUGCGAGACACCAAUGGUAAGUGAUCACUCAGGUACCAAACGGAUAAGUAAAUAUCAGCUUUCUCAAAGUCAGGAACUCUUAAGGAAUUAUCGCCCUAUAAUAGCAGGCUGCACAGAACCUCCCAUUGUCUAUAUAGGACACAAGCUUAUAACUAAUUUGUGUUCAACAUACAUGUCAACAUAACUGCAGUGAAAAAAGGGGAUUUGGGCAACAGAAAAUCUGUACAAUUCAGUGAAAACUGUCAUCCAUCAAAAAAAGAUAUGAGAUAUAAAAAAAAUCAUAUAUUUUGCUUUUAUUAUUAUUUUUAUUAGCACUAAAAAUAAUACUUGUAGUCAGACCCUGGAAAAAACAACAACCAGAGCAAUUAUGUGUGGAACUACAGAAUAUAACUGUAAUCAAAAAUCUAAGCUUUACUACCCAAGAAUAUUCGUUUAUAACCCUGAUAUGCAGGGAGCAUACAGUAUGUGUAUUGAGAUGGGCCUUCCCAGCAGAUGAUUUUAUCCACUGAAUUCUUUUGUUUGAUUUAAGCGCAUUACAAUCUGUGACACAGCAGCAGUGACAAAAAAUAUGAGUCUCAGAUAAAUCUUGAGAUUUGACUCCUUUGUUUCAGAGUACAAGAAAGGAAUCACUCACCACAUAGAUCUUUCCCUGAUAUGCCGCUACUCCAAGGCCAUGUCGGCGAGUGCUCAUUGGGGUGAUCAAGGUCCAUUCGCCCUGUGUGUGGGGAGCCACAGCCCCAUCCCUCAGGACAUGAAGCAGACACGGAGGAGGCCCGGAACCCAGACCGCCAGAGGCCCCCCAGGGCAUGGGAGCCCCCGGAGGACCACCGCAGGGAGAAUAGCAGCCCCUCACCCAGAAAAGGGCAGAGGAGAGCUCCGGAGGGAGGCCAUCCGGCAGCCACCGUGCAGGAGCCCCAGGGGGCCGUGGCGGCGAGCCCGCAGGCUCCACUGGCGGCCGGCCCCACCACGGCAAACCAGGCCCUGGGCCCAGAGAUCCAAGGGCCCCCCUACCCCCCAGCAAGGGCCCGACAGAGCCAGGAGGGCCAAAUCCCGCCAGGCAACCGCCGAGGGCGAGCCAGCACCCACCCGAGCACCCAGCCCCGGACAUCGAGAACCACCAACGCACCAGCGGCCGGGGGCCCCAUCCACCGGCAGGGAGUGUGGCGGGGGGAAUAGAGCCCGAGAUGUUAUUUCGGGUGGAGUCUAGGACCCAACCUGACACAUGCGUAUAGACAAACAGGCGCACACAUAUACAAGCAUACGUUCCCACCCUCAUGCACACAUAAACAAAUAUUUACACAUUCACCCAACAUAGAGAUACACAGAAAUGAACGCUGUACACAUACUCUCACUCCCCAUAUAUACUCUAUGUGGACCCCAUUUUUGUCCUCUGGCGAGGAGACCAGAAGACCACCCCAGACCCCGCAGCAGCCGAGAAGCGCACCAGCCCAGACCCCGACCAGACGGCCAGAUCAGUGGCCUUUCAAAGUCAGAUUGUGGACUUUUAUCGUCGAGAUCAUAUAUGAUCUUCAAUACAUCACUGAUAAUUGGCCUGCACGCCGCAUUGGCCUUCACCAGAUCGUUAGCUUUGACGAUCUUCAUAAAGUACGCCGGAUCCAUACGAGCCAUGCGAACCUACACAGGAAACAAGAAUGAGAGAAUUCCCAUGAGUUCCUUAGUGCUUUCUGUGAAUCUCUGGAGAUGAGCAAUUUCUAACAUUAAGAAUACAGCAGUAAGUGCAAAUUUUAAUUUCUUUAGCUGAAGCCAUUUACAUAGAAAGUCUCAGAUGUGUCAGCUAACACUUGUUUAAUGUAAGAUAUUUGAGUGUGUUGUUUUCCAUUAUUUGUUACACUCUCCUCCCAGGUGUAAUACCUGGAAGCCUUGGUUGUAGACUUAUCGGACAUGGAAAUGGAGGUUCGGUCUCUAGCUACAGUAAUAAGGACUUCACUCAAUGAGCAUUCUAUUGUUAUAUACACAAGUCAAUGCGAACAUAGUAUAACUAUACUCACCUUGGGCAACAGAACUGAAAUGUGGGCCUCUCGGGUGGCAGGCUCGUGCUCGAUCCACUGGAGGAUGGCCUCAAACACCGCAUCUUCCUGUUUCACAUUCAGCUCAUCCUUCUCAAUAAUGUCGCAAAGUUCU